AUGCCAAAAAAUCGUGAUACUUCUAUUUAUGCGAUGUUUAUGAAUAGGAGAUCUUCGCCAACAUUUGGGGAUUCUCAAGCAACACAAAAUAAUCAAAGACCGAAACCUCCAACAAGGUUUUCGUAUCAUAAAAUACAGCAGCCAGCCGGGGCCACCGCAUCAGGUACCCAAGCUGGCAGUUCUCAGAAAGUCCGAUUGAAUGCUAGAGGUACUUUUACGACCCACCCCCUUAUGGAAAGUUUGCGUGAAAAUGCAGCAUUGGAUGGCUAUUCAAGAUCACCAACACCAAAGGAUGAUAGGAUGGAUUACUUUAGUAAUGUUGACCAGGAGAAUACCAGUGGGCUUAAAUCAACAUUUCAGUGUAGUAAGGAAUUGUCAAGUUUGGAUAAGAUAAAUUCCCCUCAGAACAGAAAUAUUGUGGUUGCUGGAAAGAACCAUUUGGGUCUUUAUAAGUUUGAUGAUGACUUCAAAAUUACUCACAUACAUGAUUAUAUCUCCGUUGGAAAUAAAGGCGCAAACUCAAAGUUUUCAAGCAGCAUAGGAAGGUAUGUGAAGAAAUUAAGUACUAUAUCUGAUGUGAAGGCGGGCUUUUACGGAUACAAGAACUAUGUUGCGGUCUGCGGGACAUCUACUUCAAUUUCGAUUUAUGACAUUAAUCGACAAACAGACCUUGAUCAUCCAUUGAUCUCAACAUUGUCGGAGCACUCCAGGUCUAUAAAUAGCGUGGAUUUUAAUAUGGCGCAAACAAGUUUACUUCUGAGUGGAGGACAAGAUGGUUGUAUUAAACUUUGGGAUUUGAGGUCGAAUGCAUCGAAGACAAAUAGAAGCGAUUUGAGUAUCAGUUUGGCAUCCGAAGCGGUUAGAGAUGUGAAAUGGAUGCCAUCCUACGACUUCGCGUCUUUUGAGCCGGGAGCCUCGGUGAACUCCUUCAAUAAAUCAUAUAAAUUUGCUUCUGUGCAUGAUUCUGGGUUAUUAUUAACCUACGAUUUACGACAGCUAAGUCAGGCUGAAAAGAAAAUUAAUGCCCAUUCUGGACCAGCAUUGUGUUUGAAUUGGCACCCCCACUUAGAUUACAUUAUAAGUGGUGGGCGUGAUGGCAAUUGUUCGCUAUGGUACGUAGGCGAAAAGAUGGGAAGUACAGCUUACGGAGCGCAUAGUUAUAGCACUGCUAGUUAUUCUGUAAACACAGCGCCAACUUCCUCAGGAUACCUAGAAAUGACCAUUGGGACUGCAUAUCCAAUUACAAAGCUGAAAUUUCGUCCAGAAUAUGUUAAUAACUUUUCAAAAUCAAUGAUUGCAAUGUCUUCAAUGGGUGAGGAUUCAGAUGUGACUAUAUAUUCCCUAGCAAGGAAGUAUAUUCCAAAACAUAUAUUAACAACAUUUGCUCCUUCUUUAGGAUUUGUUUGGUGGGAUAAGGACAUCAUAUUCAAUAUUGAUAAACAAAAUAUAAUCACUGCAAGGGAUAUACGGAAUGAGCCCACAGUCUUGGAUAACCUGCCCAAAAGUAUAGUGAAAUGGCGGGACAUUGAUGGGAAUGGUCUUUUGCUUGUUGACCAAGAUAGAGGCGGGUACGUUUCAGAGAUGGUUACGACUCCAGAUAGUACUGAAAAACAACUGUUUCAUAACAAAGCUAGUGCUGCCACCCUCAAUAGUAUAUUCAACACAAGUCACAAAGACAGUUCUGCUUUAAGUAACCUACUAGCAUCCCAAUCGCAUUACCAGAACCAACAGCAAUCAUCUCUGCAAUCUUGUUACCAAAUGAGCUCACCAAACGGUAUUUCAGAUCCCGCAACUCAAAUGCAAGCCCCAUCGCCUUCCGUAUUACAACCGCAUCAUGUUCAGCCAGUACAAUUGUAUCAGUAUCCAGCACCUCUGUUGUCACCACCACUACCCUCAUCCUCCCCACCAGGAAAUUAUACGCAGCAACUUGGUGAACAUCAUAUAGCACCUUCAUCUGACCGUCCUACCUUAGGAAAAACAGUUUCUUCAUACAGCGGUAAAAUCCCAGGAUCUUUUCAGAGUCACACAGGAGCGCAAUCAAAUUCACAUCAUAAUUCAGUUAUUUCGUGUUCUCCGUUAAUAUUAGAUGGGGCUAUUGAAUAUUGUGCUAUCGAGUCACCAACUAUGUUCUUUCUAGAUCUUCCCGAAAUUCUAAACAGUAUCCGUGUGUCUAGGUUUAGUAAGUUGAGAAAUGAGCAAGGGAACCCGGAAUUGGCAAAUCUGAAAAACUCCUCAGUGGAACUGUUCAAAUAUCUAGCCAAAGAAUUGAAGUUUUCAUAUAGCCAAGAGAAGAACGAAGUAAAGCCAACUACUUACGAUGCCUCACCGUCAUUAACUGAAACUGAUCCUAAAAUUCAGCUAAUGGAGAAGCUUGGCCUUUCGGAGCAUAAUACUUGGACUACAUUAAUUCGUACGAACACUUCUCAUGACACAGAGCCAAGCGUAUAUGCCGAGGGCGGCUCAGCUCCGACCAAGGCAGAUCUGUCAAAUAAGAGUAUCGACAAUAAAUCUAUAUCUGACGUAACUGACAGUCCCUUGAGGUCUUUGAAAUCCGUAGAUGGCGAAAAUUCAAUUAUGCAAAAGAGAGCUAACCAUCUGUUUGAGCUAAUAUCCAUAUGCAGUCAUAAUGCGGAGACAUAUGCGUAUAUUGACGAUAUUUUAAAUUUUAAGAUUUGGCUAUUAAUUAGAGACAGUCUACUAUGGGAUUUCAGACAGUUAACAAAUGAAACCACGGAGACCAAGUUUGAUACACAAGAGCAGUUAUUCUCUACUAAAAUUGAAGGUACUACUAGAGCUAAUAAAAGGCAACCAACAAAUAUGCACCAUAGCAGCGUUGAUGCCAGUGAUCUAAGCCUUUCAGUAGGCGAUAUGGGGUUGUCAAAUGAAGAUUUAUUUUCUCCUAAAGCUUAUACUGCUGAACAUCAAUUUAAACCCUUACUUGAAAGGGCAGCUAGCUCUUCAAAAGUUACUCCGGAGCUGACUUUGGUGAAGAAUGCUGCAAACAAUGAUAAUUCCAGUGACGAAGCGAUAGUAGGUGAUGAUGAAGAAGAAGGCGAUGACGAAGAAGAAGGAGGAGCUGAAAUUGCGCGCUUACCGCGCCGUUCAUAUAGCCGUAACCAUGCUUCAAGAAUGUCAUUUCUUUCUAACACUAAAAUCCGUCCUUAUGAAAUGCAGAAGGCGUUCAGUUUUGAGAAGGCUAUGACACCAGUGUCUUUGGAGAGCGGUCUGACAAAGCGUUUUUCCCUCAGUGCAGAAUCGCUACCGAAUGCCCUAAAGAGGCCUUACUCUUCUCCUACUAUGCAUCCGAAAUCGAAGGUUACUCCAGCAGAUGAUAUUAAGGUAAAGAACUCCAAGGAAAAUGGAAAAGAAACUGCAAAUGGACCAGCUUUAGCGGACCCUAUAUCCCUGAAUAUCACUAAAGAAGAGAUACCACCAUGGCAUACAAACCGGUUGCUUAAGCAAAUAUUUGAGCAGGCUGUUGAAACUGGAAAUAUCUUUUUGACGGUUAACAUUAUUCUUCUAUUCCAAACAACUUUUAAAGUAACGUCCACUAAGAUUGUAAAAAACACGUUAGCGCAGUUUAUUACAGUAUUACAUCGUUACGAACUCUUCGAAAUAUCUGCAGAUCUGCUAAAGUACUGCUCAUGGGAUGACAUAUUAGGAGCUGGUUCGGGGCAAUCUACAAUUAGACUAUUUUGUGACAAAUGUGGUAAAAUCAUAAUUAAUGAACACAGUAAAUCAAAAUUCACCAAUGAUCAUGAAUUGGAUGACGCUAGAAUAACAGGGAAAUUUGGAUACUGGUACUGUGAUUCAUGUAAGAAGCCUAACACCCUGUGUGUGUUUUGCGAAACACCAAUGAAAAAGCUAGCAAUGGCCGUCCUCAAAUGCGGCCAUGAGGGCCAUUUCCAUUGUUUCAAGCGUUGGUUUCUUGAUGAAGACAUGAAUGUGUGUCCAUCAGGUUGUACUGGUAUAUUAUUUUAA